AUGCCGAUAAUAAUUGUACAUGUCGUGUUUAAUUCUAAAACAGUAUUUGAGUGGGAAGGACUUCCCGUUAAUAAAGAUAUGAACAUACAAGAAUUUUUUAAAGAUGUAGUUGUUGACAAAUUAAAUCCGGAACUAUGGGAGAAAAAUUGUGUAGCAUAUUUUAGUCAUACGAAAAUAGGUGAAACAGAAAAAAUAGGAUUGGAAUGCAAUGCGUGGGAGACUGUAAAUCAGUGCGGAAAAUAUGUAACAUUUAAAUUACUAAAUGAUUCUAAUGAAAUACCAUCUAUGAAUACAAUCAAUGCAUUCGAAUUAAUGAGAUCUGCAUCAAUGCAUAAUUAUCUUCCAGAAUUUAAAUUACCGGCAAAAAAUUCUUGGGAACAAUUACGCAUAGAUUUAAAUGAAUUGAUUAGAAGUAAUGGAGGGGGUUGGAUAGGAAAGGAUAAUGCAAAUAAUAUUGGAAAAAAAUUUGUUACUGAUUUGGCAAAAUCUAUUUGGUGCGUUGAUAUUUGCUCUUAUAAAACAUUCAAUGAGAGAUUUAAAAUCCCAGCUUUAUUUACCAAUUUUUUUGAUCGAGCACAUCCUGAAAAAUACAAAAGUUCAAGAAGAUCAUUUGAUUCAGAAGAAUUAUAA